AUGUCCAAGUCCGAUAUCGAGAGUAGCUCGGAUUCAGACGCGAACGCCGUGGUUACGCCAGUCAAACCAACAGUAUGGCAGCGAUUUAAGGCACAUAUGAAGAAGUGGUGGUGGUGUUACUUGAUCGGACUCUGCAUCGUCGUCCUGGUGGUCAUCUUACCACUAUUCUACGUGGGAAUCCCCCACUUCGCCAACUCCUACAUCAACAAAUACAAGUACGACUACGAAGGCCUAUCGAUCACAAAUCCCCGUCCAACAUCAUUCCACGUCCGCCAAUCCCAGAAAAUCAGCAUGGGCGGCGGGUUCAGCGGCAGCGGCCACUUAUCUGCAUUCAACGCAAGCUGUAAAAUCCUUUCUACUGGGGAACAAUUCGCCAUUUUCCCCGUGCCGACGAUUGAUUUCAGCAACGGUGCGACUCUGGAUAUUGACCACGAUCUGGAAGUGACGUGUGUUGAUUGUAUGGCGCAGUUGGCUGUUGAGGCGGCGACGAAUCAGAGCUUUGGGGUUUUGGUUACUGGGACGCCGGAUUUGAAGUUUGGGUCGCUACCGACUGCUCAUUUGGAUAUCCAUAAGAUGAUGAAUAUGAAUGGAUAUAAUGUUACGGACUUUGUGAAUGAAAAUGGUGCUUUCAAUGUCACGAGCGUUGAUCUGUUGGAUACGCCUGUUGAUGGAUUCAAUGUGAAUGCUACAAUUAGCAUUCGUAAUCCCACGCCCUUCAUCGUUGAAAUGGGUCAUGUAACGUUCAACCUCAGCAUGGGAGGCUCAGAUCUGGGUUAUGUUGAUCUACCCAAUCUGAUGCUUCAGCAGGAUAUCUCCAGUACCAUUGUCCUCGGAAAGAUCAACACCUCAAUGUUGGUAAACGAGGCUAUUUUGGGCAGUGGAGAACUCGGUGAAGUCACUCUUGACAUCAAGGGUCACAGCUGCGACUAUAACGGGCACGAUAUCCCGUACUUCGCAGCAGCAAUCAAGGCUAUUCAGGCAUCGGCAACCCUUGACUUGCUGCAGUAUGUCUCAAGCCUCAAAUCGCUUUAA